AUGGGCUCGAGAGCCAUCAACAUGCCUCACCCAAACGGCGACCCAACCCUCGAGGAGAAGCUAGCGCUGUUCACCAAGAAGAGGGACCAAUACAGAAAGGAAGAGGCGGGUAUCAAGGAACGCAGAGAGAAGCGGGAGGCGCUGAAGCAAAAAGAAGCAGAGGAGGCGAAGGACCGCAAGGCGAGGCAGAAGGAGAGGAGGAACGAGAAGAAGUCCUCGAAAGAGUGGAAGGAUGGGAAGGGGUGGUCUUUGUGA